AUGAUUUAACAGGUAAAACUAUUUCCUGGUGAUUUCGUUCAACUUUAAGAGUCACCAUUGACACAGGAAAACACACAUAUAAAUAAGCACACACGUACUCAUAAAAUAUAUCGUUCGAUAGACGAGUUCUGGUCUUGUAUGUUAUGUUUAGCGUCGAGUGAGACAUCGCACUCGACCCCAAACUUCCCAGGAUUCUUUGCUCGACUGUGUGCAAGUCUGUUUCAAACAUGGAGGAGAGGGAAAGAGAAACAGCAAAGUCUGGCAAAAAAGAAACAACACCUACAGCGUCCGAGCAUGAACCACCGGCUGGCAGUAGAGCCGGAGACGAUGGCGCAGAUAAAGUCGAUGUCUGCUCUGAUCACUUUGACCCUCUGCUGGCCUUGUACUCACCGUCUGUAUCAGUUCCUUUUCCAAACGUCAAAUGUUUCAAUAAUGUGGCUGCGUACGAGAGCUUCCUUAAGGGCGGUCGGGGCAGAGCCAAGCCGGAGAAUGUGGAGAAGAAGCGGCUGAAGGCGAUGAAAGGGGUGGCGGACCCGGACCGCAUCGAGAGGCUGAGGCGGCUCAUGGUCAACAACCCGCUGCCAGAUGAAGAGGAGGGUGGAAGCAGUAGAGCACCACGGAGCAGCAGGAGGAGGCAGAAGCCCCAGAAAAACGUCCUGACAAGGAUGCCCUUGUGUAAAGGCAGUCCACUGGGGGAGCUGCACCGAUGUGUUGAGGAGAGGAUAAGGGUCAAAGUUCACAUCAGGACCUUUAAAGGACUGAGGGGAGUGUGUUCUGGUUUUGUUGUGGCCUUCGAUAAGUUCUGGAACAUGGCUUUGGUAGAUGUAGAUGAGACGUACAGGGAGCCUCUGCUUGGAGAGGCUUUGUACCACGAGAAAGCUCUCACUAUUUCCCGGCUCUUUGAGAAGCUGAACCUUCAGGAAAGCUCAGGAGGUGACGAGCCAGCAAAGACGCAUAAAUCACAGGAACAAGCCGGCGAGCAUCAGCGCGCAAACCCCGACGCUCCUCCGCCAGCUCACAGCAGACGAGACGGCAGGGCUGAGUCCGUGCCGUCGCACGGUGGUAAACCCAAACACGAUAAAGGCAAAGCGCCGUUAAAGACCCAGGGCUCUGGAGCCUGUCAGAAGAAAGUCUCCCAGAAAUACGGAAAGGUUCAUACACGUCAUAUCAACCAGCUGUUCAUCAGAGGAGAGAGUGUUCUCCUAGUUAACCCACAGCCUCUCUGAUUUUUGUCACUCCAUUAUUUCAUAAAAAUGUUUUUUUAUUUAAAACUGAACAUCAGUAGUAAUAAAUGUGUGAAUGAUGAAAUGUUUGAGAGAUCUUUGAUUUGAUGAGAUUCAGAAAAAUCAAGGGUUAAAAUUGUAUCACAUUGAUAUGGAGGUUUCAGAGAAAUCAUCUUGAUUCAGAGAAAUAAAGAAAAAGCUUCUCAGUUGUAAUUCUAAUCA